AUGGGAGACUACGGAGAGGGAGGUAACGUGGACUUGUUUCGACUUUCAGCAGCUACUUCAUUCAACAUAUAUCCAUCGAAUGAUGUUUGUGAAUUGCAGAUAAUAUCGAUGUCAACAAAGAGGAAGGGUGGGAAAAAGGAGGAAAGCGGAGACGCUGCUCUUUCGAAAGAGCAAGAUGCUAUCGCGAGAUACGUCCGCUUCAAUUGUCCAACGCUCUCAACGAUGUUCCAAGGAAACGAAGUCUACUAUUUUUCUGGUUCGAAAGCAGUCGAUACCCUCAUGGAAUCGAAGUAUGGUGCAAAGGCGAAAAGCGAAGCCGCAGCCUUGUUUCCAAACAGGCAAGCUGCCGUGAAUUAUAUGCGUGAUUUGAUGGCCUAUCAACUUUUCUUCCGUGCUCGUAAAUUAGUGCCGAAGAAAAAAGAUGAGAAGGAUAAAAAAGAGCCAGGAAAAUCUACAAAGUCUGAAAAGGGAGAAAAAAGAAAAAGAGAGGACGAAACACUAACAGAGACUGAGGCGGAAGACAAAAAAGAGGAGAAGAAGACAAAAGAGUCUAAGGGAGAUGAUGAAAAGAAGAAGAAGAAGAAAAUCAAGUUGGAAAUUCAUGACGUUCAGAUUUUCAAUGACGACAAAGAUGUUUACGUUUGGGUGUUUGAUCCGACGCCUCUUUACAAAAAAGUGAUUGGGCUUUUGAUGGUACUCGGUACUAUCGUUGGGUGUUUGUUCCCUCUUUGGCCAAUUUGGCUUCGACAAGGAGUUUAUUAUUUGUCACUCGCAGGAAUAGGACUCUUUGGAGUGAUCGUAGUAGUUGCUAUUUUGCGUACUAUUCUGUUUGGCAUAAUUUGGCUUGUCACUAGGGGUGAACACAAGUUGUGGAUUCUUCCGAAUUUGACUGAGGACUGCGGUUUCUUCGAGUCUUUCCGACCAUGGUAUACUUAUGAGUAUUGCCCCCGUGGUAAGAGCGUAGAUAAGGAUCAGAAGAAAAAGAAGAAGAGAAAGGAGAAAGAAAGUGAUGAUGAAAAGGAAGGGGAAGGAAACAAGCAAGAAGACAUGAAUGAAGGAAGAGAUGAGCUAGAUAAUGUCAGUAAAGGCAGUAAUUCAGAAAAUGAAGAGGUUUCUGUAAGCGAGGACGCUUCUUCGGCACCACCAUCUCCGCAAGGUGAGGUCAGAAAAAGGCGAUCACGACGAGCUGAUGCUGAUUAUGUCAUUGUUAAGAAAUAA